UGAAGAAGCUAUCAUGAGAGGAUUUUUUUUCCUCUUCUCAAAGUAUAUGUGAAGCCCGUCUGUGAAAGAGUCUGUGAAAUGCUCUAUUUUGUCUUCAUAUUUGUGUUCAUUCUAACAGACAUAUGUAAAUCAGAGAAGGGUGAGACUUUAGUCUGUCGCUAUGAUCCUGAAUUUGCAAGCUUGGAGAGAGUCUGGUGCAAAAAAGACUCUGAAGAGUGCUGUACGGGCUUUGCCUUCGGUAAGAAGAUACAGUCCCUUGACAAUGGAAGUGUGGAGAUAACCAACGACACAGCGGCUGCUUUCACAGUCACUGUGCAAAAUCUGACCCAAGGAAGUGGGGUGUACUGGUGUGGCCUGAUGUUUCAGAAUCAAACCAUCAUUAAACUGGCAGAGAAAUCCUUUUCAACUGACUCUCCAUUUUAUGUGUGGAGCCUUCUACGCUGGAUUCUCUUUGCCCUUCUCCUACUGUCAUCCUUCGGUAUUUCUAUGUUCACACGCAAGACAGCCAAGAAGGAAAAGGUUGAUGACUGCGUGUACGAGGAUGUCCCCUUGCGUGCCACCAGAGGCACAGAUGGUCAGGCUGACAUCAUCACUGAGGCAUAACAGCAGAAGUAGAGUGGUGGUUCAACACUUCCCUUUUGUCGUAAUGUAAAGGGUAGUAAUUAGGCUACAUGUUAAUUGUGUUUAGGAAUAUCAGAAAAUGUAGAAUUACAAACCACAUAGGUUAUUCUCAUUACUUUUUUUUAACUUUCUACUAUUACUAUUACUGUUUUACUUUCAUUUACUUGUGAUCCUGGUUUUCUCAAUUGCUCGUCCUGGAUCUGUUGUAAAAAUGCUCAUGUAUAUGUUUCAUUCAUUAUCACAAUAUACAACAGACACCUUUUUGACUCUUAAAAAAUGUGCUGCCAUUUAUUUCACAAGUGCAUACACAUGUACAUAUUAAAUGAUGACAGGUCUUUGACAUUGAAUAAACAUUAAUUCAAGCUUAA